AUGUCCUCAUCAGAUAUUCGUUCUGGUCUCAACGACCUUCCAGACGACUUCAUCACCAUCUCCUACGAGUUCACUGAAGAGGGUCAACUUCAAACUGACGUUUCCGCCUGGGUCAAGGCCGGAACUCAACACGCUCCCUCGAAUGACAGAAGUGCUGUCGACCAAACUUUCAAGCUUGCUCGUAGCAAAAGGGUAAAUACUCUAGAUCAUUCAAUCCAGAGUGGGUUCGCGCAGUGGCAUCGGACCCAACACAAUCUUGGGAAGAUGUUAAUUCUGUUAUUCCCGCGAAAUUGGAGGAGAUCGUAA